CAUUUGCAUCCUGCCUGGACAAUUCGUCCGCGUCAACGCUCAACACACGAUGCAUAUGUCCUCGCCCGAAGACUCGGAUAAGUCGCACGAUGUUGCGAAUGCCUCCCAACAUGUGAAGAAGAGGCGUACGGUACACCGAGCCUGCGACGUCUGUAGGCACAGAAAGAUUCGAUGUGACGGAACACAAAUGCCGAACAACAGGUGCACUAAUUGCAUUACAUAUAGUUAUCAGUGCACGUAUGUUGAAGCUGCGCAGAAACGAAUUUCCAGCAAAAGAUACAUAGAGACUUUGGAGAAUCGUCUGGAGCACAUGGAGAAGCUUUUGGUCAAGCUACGUUCAGACGCGGACUUGCCCAAGGAACCCGACAACCAUUUGGAUAAUGCCUCAUUCUUUACUGAGCGUGACGCUAAAACUGGUAGGCCCACCGUUGCGCGACGAGAGCAAGUUGUCCCCCGCACUGCCGCUUCUCUCUCUCCCGAUGUAAGGCCUUCGGAUCCGGACGAGUUGGAGCCCAGCGACGAUGAGGUCAUGGCGCAGCACACUCUUAUGCAAAGUUUUAAUAAAAUGCGCAUAGAACCGAACGUGCCCACAUUCUUGGGGAAAUCAAGCGGCAUAAUGUUCGUACAGAACGCUAUGGACAUGAAACAACAAUUCUCCGGGAUUGGAUACGACGAAUCGCCAGAGGGCACUCAGAUGCGUCCGGAGAUUCUUAAUGGCAGUCAUCAGCCGAAAUUCAAUGGCCGACAUCCUUGGAUAUCAGCCCAGACGGAAGAGCGGCUGGAACCACACAAACCGGGAAGCUUUCCAAACGAAGACCUCCUGUGGAAGCUCGUCAAUCUCUAUUUUGAUUAUCAAAACGUUUACAUGCCAGUCCUCCAUCGGCCUACUUUUGAUGCCAACAUCAGAGAUAAUCUGCAUCUCCGUGACGAAGGAUUCGGCUCCACCGUUCUGCUUGUCUGCGCUAAUGGGGUCAGAUUUUCUGACGACCCGCGUGUAGUUCUGUUGGACGAAGAGAGUGGCGAGAAGAUUCCUUUUUCACGAGGAUGGCAGUGGUUCAGACAAGUGCAUAUGAUACGCAAGUCAUUCCUGUCUCCUCCACAGCUGCACGAUAUCCAAAUUUACUGCCUCAUGGCCCUCUUCUUGCAAGGAUCCUCUGCGUCGCAUACGGUUCGAAACAUUAUCGGUAUUAGCAUUCUCAUGGCCGAGGAUGUAGGUGCUCAUCGCAAAAAAGUCUACAACGCCAAGCCAACGGUAGAAGAGGAGUUGUGGAAACGUGCAUUCUGGGUUUUAGUGCUGAUGGACAGAUCGAUGAGCUCUGCUCUCGGACGACCAUGUAUGAUCCAAGAUGAUGAUUUUGAUCUUGAUCUGCCUAUUGAGUGCGACGAUGAAUACUGGACAAACCCCGACCCCGACCUUGCAUUCAAACAACCAGCGGGGAAGCCGUCAGUCAUGGCCUUCUUCAAUUGCCUUAUCAGGCUGCAGCGGAUCCUCUUUUUCGCUCUGCGUACCAUCUAUUCCAUAACCAAGUCCAAGACGGUAUUUGGCUUUGUUGGACAGCAAUGGGAACAACACAUCGUGGCGGAGAUAGAUUCAUCGCUAAACAAGUGGAUCGAUUCUGUUCCUGAUCAUCUACGAUGGGAUCCCCAAAGAGAGAAUAUCACUUUUCUCAAUCAGUCAGCUACCCUGUAUGCGUCCUAUUACAUGUUGCAGGUGCUCGUGCAUCGGCCGUUCAUCCCGUCCCCACGCAAACCGUCUGCGCUAUCAUUCCCGUCUCUGGCUAUAUGCACAAACGCCGCGCGCUCGUGCACGCAUGUCCUGGAUAUCCAGUAUAAGCGUACCGGUACCCCGCUCCAUAUCAACAUGGUGGCAUACUUUAUGUCUGGGAUCGUGCUGUUGCACAAUAUCUGGGGCGGGAAACAAUCGGGGUUGACGGUCGAUGCCAAUGAAGAGAUGGCAGAAGUCCACAAAUGCAUGAAGAUGCUGAAAUGCAUCGAGCCUCAGUGCCACAUAGCUGGUCGGCUAUGGGACAUUGUGUACGGACUUGCGUUUGUUGGCGACCUGUCCCUGCCGAGCACGCCUGUGAGCCAGAAGCGCGGACGGGACACGGACAGCCCCGCGCCCUCCACGUCGAAUGUUCCGAGCUUCGCGACGCCCUCUGACGUGUCCAACCCGGACGAUACGCCGCGCAACAUUGCGGGAUCGAGGCGCGUGUCGAGAGACACGUCCUCCAUGGCCCCAUCGGCCUUCGUACAACCAGCGAUGUCGCCGCAGGUUGCAGCUUACCAAAGCCAGGGCGCAUCUGCCGAUGGGAUCGGGCAGAUGGGCAUGCAGGAUUUUUCGCUACCCAUACAUAGCGAUGAGCUCGGACGACUGCCGCUGCAUCUUGGAUUAGCGAUGGACACCCAGGCCCAGCCACCAGUGGAUCAUUCGUGGUACGGCAAUGACGCCGCCGGUCCAUCCAGAAUCGAUUAUUCUAUGGCCUCUGCUCCACAGAUAGGGCUCUCAACAGUUCCUAUGAGUGUAAAUGAGAUGAAUGGCGAGCUCCACCCGGCAAUGGCACCGAUGUUCAUUAUGCCGGAGCUGAGUUCUUAUGACUUGACCUUCACGAUGAUGGCCGAACCGUGUGUGGCGGCGAGUGCUCAGCAGUACUUGUUUCAACCGGAAUUUGUGCAGCAUCCGGGGACGCCCGUACAUGGUGGAGCCCAGGAGCUCGGCCCAGAGCUGAGUUUUCCGGAGAACACGCUGGCGAUGUGGUCUGCUGCGCCGAAUGGGUUCGAGUGGGAGGAUUGGGACUCGUACAUCAGUGGUUUCCUUGGUGUGAACAAUCCCAUGGCGUCGUCACGGCCCGUUGGAGGGUGAUCCUGGUGGAGAGUGGACGUGUCGAGGAUUCCUUAUCGUGCCCUCGCUUGACGAAAUCGAAUACAUUCAUACAAUUUACGAAAAGUCGGCGGACAUUAUCUUAUCUACGGUUUAUACCAUGGCACCUGAGCGCGGCAUUAACAUAUUAGCAGCAUCUUUCAGCCUUUCCAGCAUGAAGAUAUCGUGUUCUUUGGUCAUAAUCGCCCUUCGUUGGACACCAGGCGCCCAAUGAUCAACUAGACUGUCGUUGAGCAUGCUUGAAUACCUCCCCUUGCCAUCUGCAUCUGCCCAAUCGAAGUCGACUAGCAUUGCACGCCCAGAAGGCAACAACAUUAUGUUCGGUAGGCGCAAGUCACCGAAGACGAUGUUCUCGGCGUGAAGUAGCGACAUGGCUUUCUUCACGUCAUCAUAUACG